CUGUAGAGGCGGGCCAUUUACGUGUCCAGUUGUCAUUGGAUAAUUGACGCAGAGUCGGCCAUCUUGUGGUGCGUAUAAAGGCUGUGUCUUCACCUGCUCUGAUGAAGAACCUGAGUGGAAACAUGUUGGUUGAAUAAAGAAGACAAACACAAAUCUGUACCGGAUGCAGAGACAUGAAACUGAUGUCCUCCUUCUCAUCUGAUUCUGAGGAAGACAGAAGCAAAAUGUUGAAGUGUUUCUUUAAAGCUUGAUUAAUUGGUUAAUUUCAGCUCCGCAACAGGCUGACAGACUCACAGCUGCGACUUAAUAUCAUAUAAAGUAGUUGUAGCUAACAUGUUAGCAUUCAGCUGCCUGCUUCCACACAGAGUCGUGUUUGUGUCCACCUGGUGAAUCAGGAACCAAUGGGCUCGCAGCUGAGCGCCGCAGACAGGAAGUCAGACGGCGCUGAGGGACGGAGCGACACGUUGGUUUGAGUCCGAACGUGAGAUGUGUUGAUGUAGAAUGACACCAGACUGACACUUAAAGACUCUGUUUUUGGAAGUGUAUCUGCAGACUGUUUCACUCACCAGCAGCAUGACAGCCCUACAUGGACAUGGAGUAAGGACGGCCUGACGCCGCCUCCUCGCUCUCCAACACAGAGCUGCUGUCUCUCCACCGCCACUACCACUUCUGCCCCACCGGCUUGAACAAGAGAGAGCGAACAGUGAAAACACAGAGACAGAUAAAGGAAAAUUAUAGAGGGCAAAACAGCAAGCAAACGCAAAACGAGAAAGAGAAAGAGAGGAAGAGGGAGGCUGCACAUCCAUAAUCUCCACAGUGGAGAAACACUUAGAGGGAGGGAGGCAACACAGGCGAUUCUGUCUAUCUUGCAACUUCAGGAACCAUCAUCACAAUUUAAUAAGAAUUUGAAAGGCUGCAGCGCUGCAACAAAUCAGUCUUCAGAGGGAGAGAGGGCGGGCGAGAGAGCUAGAUACAGACAGAAAGAGAGAGAGAGAGGAGGCUGCAGCGAUGUGGAGGCCAGACACCAGUGUGUUGAGGCUCUCCUACCUGGAUUUAUACCCUUUUCAUUUUUGUUGUAAGUCCCAGCAGCAAUAAACCUGUGACAGCAAUAUCAGAGAAGAACUUUAUUAUUAUUUUACACAUAUUCCGCCGUUCUAAGAAAUUAUGCUUUUCUAUCAAGAGAGUCUGUGAUUUAAAGUGGGAAAAUCUUGUUAUUUAGAAGAACAGGACAGACGUUCGCUCGCAGGCCGGAGGUUUGUCACCUGCAAUCGGAAAAACAACCAAAAAAGGAAAUAUUCCAGCUAAUUCCUGAGAGGUUUCCCGGUUUUCAAACUGUCAGUUUACCCCGAGGAGCGUCUCGCAGGCCAGAAGGAGCUGAGAGCAACAAGGAGCGCUUCAUCCCCGCCCAGCAGGACGACGUCAGAAACCUGUCAAAAUAAAAGACGGGUCACAUACCUGUCAGAUGCAUCGGCUUUCCCGCUCCUUCACGGCAUUUUUUUCAUGGCUUGACACCUAACUGCCAUCUGACCCCUCCCUCCACCCCUCCUCCCCCCUUCCUCCCCCCUCAACAUGUCCGACCACCUCCUCUCUCGCUGCCCCAACCACUCGAGGAAAUCAGGGCAGGAAAAGAAGUGAGCGAGGAUUUAGUGAAGGCGCUUACCUCAGAUCCAUUAGCCCCACCCUCUUGCGAGGACAGAAGUUGACUCUCUACAGGUGGGACGUGCUGAUGCAAGAUGGCGGCCGGCGUGGCGACGUGGCUGCCGUUUGCGCGGGCUGCGGCGGUGGGAUGGCUGCCGUUAGCCAAGAAGACGAUGCCCAAACCUCCCGUGGACAACUCGUCCAAAUCAGAUGAGAUCCUGUACGUCAACGUCAGCGGGGUCAGGUUUCAGACAUGGAAGAACACUUUGGAUCGUUAUCCCGAGACGCUGCUGGGCUCCUCAGAGAAGGAGUUUUUCUACAACGAGGACACACAGGAAUACUUCUUCGACCGAGACCCCGAAAUGUUCCGGCACAUUCUGAACUUUUACCGCACCGGGAAGCUCCACUACCCGCGACACGAGUGCAUCCAGGCCUUCGACGAGGAGCUGGCCUUCUACGGCAUCGUGCCAGAGAUCAUCGGAGACUGCUGCAUGGAGGAAUACCGAGACAGGAAAAAGGAGAACCAGGAGCGCCUGGCAGAGGACACGGAGGCCAACGAGGCGAUGGACGCCCCCCUCCCUCCACACAGUACCUCCAGGGAGCGGCUGUGGCGAGCCUUCGAGAACCCCCACACCUCCACCAUGGCGCUGGUCUUCUACUACGUCACCGGCUUCUUCAUCGCCGUCUCCGUCAUCGCCAACGUGGUGGAGACGGUCCCCUGCCGGCCUCCCAAAGGAAGGGUUAAAGACCUUCCCUGCGGGGAGAAAUACCAGCUGGCCUUCUUCUGCAUGGACACGGCCUGCGUGCUCAUCUUCACCUUCGAGUACCUGAUGCGUCUGUUCGCCGCACCCAGCCGCUGCAAGUUCAUGCGUUCGGUGAUGUCGGUGAUCGACGUGGUGGCCAUCAUGCCCUACUACAUCGGCCUGGUGAUGCCCGAGAACGAGGACGUGAGCGGCGCCUUCGUCACCCUUCGGGUUUUCCGCGUCUUCCGGAUCUUCAAGUUCUCGCGUCACUCGCAGGGUUUGAGGAUUUUGGGCUACACGCUGAAGAGCUGCGCCUCCGAGCUCGGCUUCCUGCUCUUCUCCCUCACCAUGGCCAUCAUCAUCUUCGCCACCGUCAUGUUCUACGCCGAGAAAGGCACCAAGGGCUCCACCUUCACCUCCAUCCCGGCCUCUUUCUGGUACACCAUCGUCACCAUGACGACGCUGGGGUACGGCGACAUGGUUCCCAACACCAUCGCAGGGAAGAUCUUCGGCUCGAUCUGCUCGCUCAGCGGUGUGCUGGUGAUCGCCCUGCCGGUGCCCGUCAUCGUGUCCAACUUCAGCCGAAUCUACCACCAGAACCAGAGAGCGGACAAGAUGAGAGCGCAGCAGAAAGUGCGUUUGGCUCGAAUCCGCAUGGCGAAGAAAGGAACAGCCAACGCCUUCCUCCAGUACAAAGAAGACCAAUCAUUCGGGGACCGGGACAGCGACAGCACGGCUCUGUGUGUGAAGAACAGAUCGGCGUUCGAGCAUCAACACAACCACCUGCUGCACUGUCUGGAGAAGACGACGAACCACGAGUUCACGAACGAGAUGAACUACAGCGAGCUGUGUAUGACGGAGUCGGUGGGCUACAGGACCAGUCGCAGCACAUCCCUGUCCAGCCAGCAGGGGGCGCAGAACAACUCCACCGGCUGCUGCCCCCGCCGGGCCAGGAGGAGAGCCGCCAUGCGCCUGGCUAACUCCACGGUGUCCGUCAGCCGGGGGAGCGUCCAGGAGCUGGACACCCUGCACGUCAAAACCACCUGCAUACCACCACAAACUCGUUCCAGUUUGAACGCCCAGACGGGUGACCUGAAGCUGAACUGCGGGGAACAAGACUUCACCGCUGCCAUCAUCAGCAUCCCCACGCCGCCCGCCAACACGCCUGACGAGAGCCUCCCCCCAUCGCCUGCCCCCAUCCCCGGCAUCCUGCGCAACACCCGGGCCACCGCCUACACCCAAGACACCGUCAAAAUCUCCUCCUUAUAACGUCCGACCACGCCCGCGACUUCCCCCUCGACACCCACCCCACCGCCCCGCCAGCCGACCUCCCCAUGAACUCUGAACUUCCUUUGAACCUCUGAUCCUGAACCCAGGGCACUGCUAGCUGAGAGGUCGGGGACAAAGACUACUCAGACGGAUUCUUUGAGUACCGCUGACUGCUUUCACUUCCUCUCACCAUUCUGUGGAUUAAAUGGAACGAUCCGAAUGGCUUACCGUACGGGAGACAGCAGCCAGCUGGAGCUGGGAAAUCAAGCAAAAAUCAAAGGCAAGGAAUUUGAAAGGGAACAAUAAUCUCCCGAAGACUUUCCUAAGUCUUAAGAAUCACCCCCUCAUGCAUUAUAGACCCCAACAUGCACCUGCCCCCCCCUGCACAGUUUUGAUCUUUUGGAUCUCAUUGGAAAACGUGUCAAGACUCCCAAAGAAUGACAUUCAGCACCAACUGAUGGGUUGGUUUCGUUGGGUCCAUUUCGCGUCCCCACUAAACAUAAUGCUUUAGAGGAGGGUUACAAAGUGGCUGCUGAGAAUAAUGGUCUUAUUUUUCAGUCUAAACGUGGCACGAAUGGACUGAGUGGUCUUCUUUCGAAAUAGAAGUUGACGUGUUGACCGUUGGAGGAUCAUUUAGACUCAGAUGGUUUAGCAUCAAACUCAUCUUGGAUCUGUUGACAACCAAACAACCCUCAGCGGCUUCAGAAGCCAUGAUACAAUUUUUUUUAUUAUUUUGGAUGUUGGUUGUUGUGGGAAACAGGUGAGAGCUAUCAGGCCAGUAUAACUCAAGAAUGAUACGUACGGAUUGGUAUUUUGGCUUUGUUCAAAUCCAGGAUGGUUUCUUUUCUUUACAGUGACACACUUCUUCAGUCUGAUUGCAGUAAAAAUGCUGUUCGGUUGAAUGUAGUGUUGGACCUCUUUUGCUUGAAAUGUAAAGGUUGUGGGUUUAAACCCCAAACAAUGGGUCAAGAUGUCUUCAAAGAGGAUGAAAGAUGAAUCUUAAGUCAAAUGGAGUUCGGGAGUGUGUGUGGACGAUCUCUUCACCGGCUCUAAUUCAGCAGCUUCAGCCACUUCAGGUCACAUUUUUAGAAAAGUAAGGAAUGAUUUCCGAGAACUCGCUUUUAUCAGAAUCCAGUUGCAAGAGGUGAAAGAACAUGAAAAUCUUGGAACGAUGAUCCAGACGCUGCUGAAACACAUGAACUGAACUCAACUGGGUUUAAAGGUUUAUCUAUGCUGAGCCUGAACACUGUUCACACAAUUACACUGAGCUGAUCUUAACUCCAAGGAGCUGAACUGGGACAAACUGAGCUGGUCUGAGCAGCUCUGGACUUACCUGGUUUUGGGACUGUGGAGAGGAAAGGGUUAAAUGAGUGAUUCUGGACUGGAUUAAUCAGGUCUGAUAUGGACUGGUCUGGUCUGGCUGUAGCUCAGAAGACGCCCAGACUAGGAACGUAAGCCUUUUACUUUUCAAAAUAUGCAACAUUACAACAAGCAGGAAAAUAGCAUCAACAAAUGAACAGAAUAAUAAUAAUACCAAUAAUAAUGUGUGUGUUAUAAAUCUUCAGUAAUUAUUGCAGGGAACAUAAUGUAAAGCAACUAAGAAAUUCAUUUGUUAUGUGAUCUUUUCAGUGAGAGAGAGAACACAACAAGUAUUCUGCAAUAGAUUUAAAUGGGAAAGGGAAACGCGAUGCCUAAACCUCUUCAGCAUUAAAAUCAUGUUUGUCCCGAUGACGUGCACUCGAGGGGGAGGAGGGUUGUUUCAACACAUUCAUUAAGGCGGUAAAGAUCCACACGCAGGGGUCAGCACGUUUCAAUGUUACUUCUGCCUUAAAUAUCAUUGAUCUUCCCUGAUGUCAGCAGUGACUUCAGACUCUCUCGCUUGUAAGCCCUUAAUACGAAGCAAUAAGACCUGCUCAUGCAAAACAAGCAAAAAGAUAAUAUUUAAUCUUGUGCACACAAAUUAUUAUACAAACUAUUACUAUUAUGUUAGUAUUAGCAGUUCCAACAAAUGAGAACCAGCACAAAUCAAUCAAUUUGACCGCAGCCCACAUUGCUCCGUUUAUUCCUAGUGCCUCCACAAACGCAUGGAAAACUGAGGAUAUCAUUAAAAGAAAAGUGGGAAAUUAUAAGAAGCAAGCGCUGCUCUUCCAGUAGUCUACUUCUGAGAUGUGAAUCUCAACAGUGUUUUUCUAUACAGAUGUUUCUUUUUAGAUUUAUGCAUUUCGCACAGCAGUAAAUGGGAAUCAGAAUAUGUAGAGUCAGUAUCGUGCAGGUGGAGUCUCGUGCGCAGGUGUGUUGAAAUGAUUCGUACAGUAAAGAGGCAUCACCUCUCUGAAGAAUCCCAGAGAUUAACAACUACACGUCCUUUUUAUUUUUUUUUUUAAAGAGUGUUCACCAUCGGCCACGCGUGACUUUAGCUGUGAGUAUUUGGGCGAAGCGUUUCCUCGACCAAUCAGAAGCAAGUGCGAGUGAGUGACACACAGACAGGAGACGAGGCGUACACACUGUAACAUAUUUUGUAUCAUAAACUUUCACCUGCAUCUUCCAACCAAAUCCUCAAACCAAAAAAAAAAAAAAGACAAAAAAGACAAAAAGAUAGAGAUGAAAGUCGUCGGGUGUCUGACAGGCGUUCCUUCGUGCAUGAGCCUCGUGCAGUAGAAGUAGCACUACUGAUCAUAGGAAUUUAUCAACCAUAUCAGAGAAAAAAGCUAGAAAAAAAAACAACACAAAGGGGGAAAAAUCUCAUCAGCCAUUCUUUUGCAUGACGACUCUUAUUUUUUUCUCUCCUAUCAGUCAUUGGUUUGUUUCCCUCAUCCCCCCCCCCGCCCGUCCCGAAACUUUUCAAGACGAGUGUUUGCACCACCGAGAAGUGUUCGUUAGAUUACCAAGAAGAAAUAAAACAGAUUAUAUAAAAGAAUUAUUAAGUUCAAAAAUAAAAAUCAUUCAGGCAUGUUCCUCGCCAGAAUGCAAAGUGUAUGUGUGUGAAUGGGCGGGUGUUUGUGUGUGUUUGUAUGAGUGUGUGUGUGUGUGUGUGUGUGUUUGUAUGAUGAGCUGUCACAAAUAUGCAUGGAUACCGUUAUAGGUAUUUUAUCUGUUUUCUCCUGCAGUUGAAAGAGAGACGGCUGAGCGGAGGCUGAACAGACGUCUGUUCACUGGACGGAUCUUUUUAUCUUAUUUCAACUCUUUGUCACUGUUUGAUUUUCUACAACACGUCUGCUGUCUUAACGUUUUCACGUUGUUCUGUAGCUGCGGCUCCCAGCCGGCCUCUUCUCCCCCAUUAAAACAGUAAAAUUAUUGAAACAGCUUAGUGUCAAAAUGAAACACAGCCCUUAACCUAAUUAGUACCAUACAAUUAUUCAUUUGCACCCUGAUGAUGCGUCAUGGAUUUCCUUAAAUUACUACACAUCACAAAUUCGUCUGUUUGACAAAAUGAUCCCAACUCAAGGUCCAUUUAUUAGCUUUUUCCGGAGCUUUCAAUCACUUCUCACAGUCUGAGUGGCGUUAGACCAGAUGAAAGGUCCAGAAAAAGCUAGCAAGUGGGCCUUGAGUUAGGAUUAUUACGUUAAUAGGCUAAUACAGUAAUUAGUACUCUUUGUAAUUGUAGUUUUGGCUGGAAGUUACUUAAUUCUGUAACAUAAGCAAUCCCUGACUUUAAAUCAUAAAUUUAUGACCUAAAAUUAUUGAAUACAUUCCCUCUAAUUACUACUAUAUUUUGUGUUAAAUUGCCCAAUUAAUGAAUUUGUCCCCUUUGGCCUUCCGUACAAACAGUUUUAAUAGCAAUUAUUUUUUAUUUUAUUCCGUCAGCCAGCAGUUUUAGCUGAAUUUGUUCUAUAUUUUUGUGAUUUUGUAGGUCAUGAAGCUGGUUUGUAAAUUUUGUUUAUAUUAAACUGAUGAAUUUUACAGGAAAUUAAGUUGAAAGUAGGUUUGAAGUUAGUUACUCUUGUAAUGUAUUUUUGUUUUUAGUUGUCUUUUGCUAAGAAUCCAUCGGCGUCUGUCGAGCAAAGUGAUGUUAAACUAAACGUUUGUUGAGAUUCACGCAGAGGCGUGUAGGUGAUGGCUGGGAGCUCCGCUGCACUUUACUGGGAUCUGCUGUUGGCGUCAGUUUCUGCUCUUUCAUCGGUCGUAUCUAAUGAUGCUGUCACACCGAUCUUUAUUUCUUCAGCUGUCGCUCUGAUGUCACUGUGACAAACAGGAAACAUCUGAAGAAUAUUCAGAGAAAAUAGAUCCAGAAUCUGACUGCAACAAAUGAUUAUUUCCCCUUUUUAUUCAUCUAAUGUUCCUUAUUGAGUUAAUUGUUUAUGAACUGUCAGAAAUAAUAACUAAUUCCAAUCACAAGUUACUGAAGGACAAAAGUGGAUCUUUUGUUUCUAAAUUUGGAAAGCAAGCUAAUUGUAGCAUUUUAAAGUUAGUAUUCUUACAAAUUGAUUAAUAUGAUUGAUCUAUAAUCAAAAUUAUAAUAUAUUAUCUUGGCAUCAUGUGACUAAUCAUUUCAGUUUUGGGGGGAUGAAGCUGUUAAAUUUCAUAUUCUGAUUUUUGUGCAUACAAUUAGGCAUGGGGACUGGCAAUUGGAAAUCAAUGUGAAUAGCACAUACGAUAGUGACGCUAAGAUAAUAUUAAUUAUAAUUUUAGAGUAUUGAUCAUUCCAGUCAUCAUUUGAAAAGUUAGUGAAAAUGUGUCCAUUAAACUCCUCAUUUCCCAGAUGUUGCCUGCAUGUCACGGCCUCAGUGGGAGAUUUAAAGAGCAACCGCUGAGAUGAUAACCAGCACUUCAGAUGCCUCAGAGUGAAUCUUUAUAUCCAGUGAACUGAUGGACAGUGAUGUUGAGUCUCAGAGAGAGUGAGCAGUGGUGAAUGAAAGAAGGAGAAAACAGCAUUAAAGCACAGAGGUGUAUAUUCCAUUCCACUAAUAAAGACAACAGAAACCAAA